ACGGACGCUUGUGUUGCGCCAGAAUUUUAUUUCAUACCUACAUGACUUUACCGAAAGAACCAAAGAGUAUGGAUUCCUGCAGUCACGAAAGCUUCAAAUCAAGAUUAUAGUAAUGUAAUUUACAUGUACAUUGCUUUGCACAAUUGCUGAGGAACCAUAGACGAGCUAAAAAUCAGCCAGACAGUGAGCCGGUACCAAAGUCUGCCAAAGCUCUGCAGUUCUGUAUAUAUUUAGAUAUCAGAUCAGCCAAUUAAUGAGUGUUUAUGCAAGUGAGAGGAGACAGGAGCACCCGGAGAAAACCCACACAUGCGAAGGGCAACACGCUACACCAUAUGGAUGAGACAGAUGACAUGAGUUAGCGCUUUGCUGAACCGCCUUCUUCUGGCGAGCCCUGGUAUGGCACCUUGACGCCCACGGUAAGGGGGUUUCACAACAUUUGUACGAUCCACCAACCCGCAUUUCCACAGAGCCGGAUGACUGACGCGCACCACCACUGCUCAUUUGCCACAUUGUUGGUGAUGGAGAUAUUGACACAUUUUCUCCUAAAUCUCAUGAUAGGUGACAUUCAAAUGAGAACGUGGCCCUACGCAUCCCCAAGGACACUUAUGCCAUUGGGGUGGCCAUAGUGAACCCUCACCGUGCAAACAUCGGUCGUUUCACGACCUAAAAAAGUGGCUUUUCUUCAGGAAAGUAUAAAACGUCACUUACACCGUGUUAUCUGGGGAGUGCACGCUCGCAUUUAAGAAACAAAGAGGCUGUGGGUCUGGCUUAUCUAUGGAUGCAGAGAGUGGCUGGAAGACUAUUCAUAGUAAUGACCAAAGGCACUUAGCAGUCUGAGCCACGAGUGGGGGGGGGGGCACUGUGAGCAGCUGGCCGCUUGUUCUUGUUCCUUGGCUUCAUUUAACCACACGAGUGCCACAUUAAAAGUUUUUAAAAGCUCAAUACAAUAUAAACAUUUUACUUCAUUCACCUACAAUUUUUCGCUCUACCUCUCUGGCCUCUCUGUGCACGCCUGAACAAUAACUCUAACUCCCCACAUGUGUCGUGAAUACUGCCUCGUAACGAAAACGUAGGCCGUCUGCUGUAAAGAAAUUCAAUCAUUCGUCAAUAACACUUGGGCCUUAAAAGGAAACAAAAAGAAUAGGUGACGUUUCGAGAAAUGGCCUUUCAGCACAUCAAGAAGGGCCAUUGCCCGAAACGUCGCCAGGUGACUCAGAGGCUAAUACCGAGCCAGAGUCCCAUUGCUCAGAGAACUGAGUCAGCACCGAUACACGUAAGAACCCAGUUUAAUCAAGGGUAGAUGAAAACCUGAAUUCCAACCUAGGUUUCUUAGCGGUGCUGACUCAGUACUCAAGCCCCUUAUACGAGAAGUUUCGUGAACUUUCAUUAAAACAUCCCGCUGUAAAAAUUAUAUAUGACCAAAAGCAACAACGAAAACAUGCGUGUUAAAGCACUAUAUUUGUGCACGUUUCUCUGCGUUGUUUGGAACUCAUGGUUUUCUGGCCUGCAUUGUUUUUUUCCCUAUAAUGAUGGGUUUAUGCAGUCAUUGGUGACCGAACUUUUUUUUAUCAUAUUUAAUUCUUAAUCAUUGGGGCUCUAGUUUAGUCUAUGAGCUCCUAUGUCAUUAAGUGCAAAACCAAAUUGAAUUAUGAAUUAUCUUUGGUAUUGUACUUAAUUGGCUUUGUCCAUCUCUAAGAAUUAAACACAUUGGUUUGAUUGACAGGUAAUGAACGCUCUGUGCAGGGCAUACAAUGGCUGUGGCCGAGUGGGGAUAACGAGGUCGAAUGAGGUGACUUCAGAAGUAGUUGUGAUAUUUUCUCGAGGCGUUCCCGCACCUCCGAUUAACACGGUUGGCUGCGUAUGUUGCGAAAUAAGUUGAACGUACAUACAUAUACAUGAUGUAUGUACUGCAAGCUGCAAGAUAUUCCACGUAGAAAUGUCUCAACUCGUGCCAUAAUGAUGAUUGCGGCACUCGUGUAAGCGGCAAAGAGAAAGCCGAGUUAAAUGAGAAGAAUUGUGAAUCGGCCGUUGGCGCACAGAGAGCCUCGCGCUCUCGCUCCCAGUCGCGUUGAAGCUCCAGCGGGCAACCUCCUCCAUUCGUACGCAAAUGAGGCCGGUUGCACAAUUCAUAUUUAAAUUCACACGUGUGCCGAUGUGUGUCAGCGCUCCUCAAUGUGCAAAUCAUUUGUUUGAAUAUUAAUUGGGGUAGCCGGCGUUACCUCUGUCCGUUAACAGGCAAUUACUGAAUGACGGGUUGUCGGUUUUCUUCCUGGUAAAGCUUGUAUCUAAGCGCAAGUGCACAGCGUCCAUACUGAGUGCUUUGGUUGCACGGGAGUGUGAGAUCCUCCCGGAAGGGUUCGACUCCCGGACGGGAAGCUUGCAAGGCUGAGACUUGCGGGGCUCUAUGCGUUGGCUUUGCUCGAUGCUUGUUGGCGCGUGACCGUGUCAGCACUUGCGGUACUAUACUGGGCCGACAAUAGGAGUCCUCUUAACUCAGUGGCCUUUAACAAGCACUCAGGCCCACUUUAAACCACACGUGGCAACCCAAUCGAGCCCGGCGACGCACCCCGCAACAAACACCAGCGCCCCUCUCUCACGGUCACGCUGUCAGAGAUUUCCGCCAGGGCCGGUCCGGCAUCGCCCCGCAGAGGAUUCUCUCGCUGUCGUAGGGAGAGAGGACGACUCAGAGGCACGAAGAGGAGGAGGAGGAACCACAGACGAGCGAGCAGCAGCCACGCGGCGGUGAGGAGCCAGCAUCUAAUUCCCCCUCCCCAAGCUCUGCGGUUCUCUACAUGUCAUAAUUUCAGCAACAUUUUUUCAGUACGCUCACAGAAGGCCACGUGGCUGAUAGGAUGGGCAAAAAUAUAGUUUUAUUUAUAAAAAAAUCGUGGAGGGAUACAUAUAUUAAAGAGACGGAUUUUUGGCUAUUUAGUUUGUUCGACAGAAAUUAGUAUUAUUGAGCUGAUUGUAAUCACUUUAUCAUUCUGUUUUAUAUUAACCAUACAUCACAUCUGGAUUAUUGAUAUCUUUGUAGGGUCUUGAUAUGUGAAUGGGGGCUUUAUAUAUGUAAAAUUGUUCUCAUCUUUGGGAAAAAAAAAAACUCUUCUAGAUAGAAGAAAGUAUAGCUUAAAGUUCUAAAGCCUCAUUGUGGGCCGAAUCGUGGGUCGCUGGCUACACCACCCUCUUGUGCGUCGUCCCGGCCUGCAUAGGUGCUCGCGAACAGCGCUUGGCUCCAUGGGCGUGUGGGGGCGGGGGGUGUCUUUGCGUACGUGCGAGCCAGGCAUCCGUGCGUGUGCCGCCAUGGGCUACGACGCCGAGCGCUUUGUGGGGCGUGUCAAGGACGGGCUGCUGUGCUGCGUGUGCCGCGACGUGCUCGAGGACCCGCUGCAGGCGCCCUGCGAGCACGCCUUCUGCAGCGCCUGCAUCCACGGCUGGCUCGUGCACAACCACACGUGCCCCGAGGACAGGCAGCCGCUGGACGCCUCAGAGCUGCGGCCCCUGUUCAGGUACAUGCGGAACGAUCUCAACGCGCUGCGUCUGCACUGCACUCACCGUGCGCGGGGGUGCGAGGGAGUGUGCGCACUGGAGACGAUCGCUAUCCACGAGCAGCAGUGUCCCUACACCCCAACACCCUGCCCACACACCGGCUGCGGCGCAGUCCUGGACAGACAGAACGUGGUGGCUCACGCAAUGUCGUGCCAGCUCGGAGAGUUGAGCCCAGAUCUCAGUGACUACGUGGGCCUGGAGGCCGGGUCUCCGGUCACCAAUCCCCACAAGAUGCUCUCCACCCUGUACAUUGUUCCCGAGCUCCGCGCUGAGCUGCACCUGUUGCGAUCGGAGAUGGAGUGCUGGGUGGGGGAACUCCGCCAUGAAAUGGAAGCACGCCUCGACUCCCAGCGCAGGCACAUGGUGCAGAAGGAGGGUCUCCUCAUGGGCCACAUCACCGAGCUCAAGGGUGAGUUGUGCCGCGCCUCGCAGGAGGUGGCAUUGCUGCGUCGUGACCUGGAGCGCGCCCGCCAGGAGAGCCAUGAGCCGCUCGCCCUGCGCGCCGCCCUCCCCCCGGCAUCCCUGUCGGCCGCCUUGACUCUCUCGACCAGCGCGUCCCCAGCCUCCGCUGCGCUUACCGUGCCGGCUCCGUCGUCUUCAUCAUCGCCGGUGGUAGCGAUGUCGCCAUUGUCAUCGUCUGCAUCGGCCCCAUCGCUCGCAGGCAGGAUGGCUGCCUUGAGCCGCUCGGCCCCCGUUCACGGUGGGAACGUUAAGCGACGUCAGCAGGAUAUCGCGGUGGUCUAGGGUGACCUCGUGCCACGAGGUCACCUACAUGCACAUCACCGGAGGUAGUGGGGGGCAGCUCUCAGGAUCACGGUUUCUGUGUCCACGCAAUGAGACAAAUUCCAGGUUCUCAGAAAAUGUAACUGGGUUUACAAUUUAACAGAGAGUAAUCAAGGAAGACUCAACCCAAAAGACAAGUGAUGUUAGUUACUUACAUUAUCCAAACAAUAUCAAUCUAGAAUCAUGGGGGCAGUGAACGUCCUCGUGUACAUUACCCUUCAUGCACUGGGUUCCGCCGAUCGACGUCACGUGACGCCCUCCACACGGCACGACGUGACUGGGACCAUAAGGCAGGCGAUGUGUGAGAUAGCUGAAAUUGGGGCGAUACCCACGAUACCCAAAGUUAUCGCAUUGCUAUGUUGCUGACAUCGUGAUCUGUUUUUGGGGCCCCCGCUGUUACCCAGGACUAGUAGGCACGCAUAGCCUAUUAGGGACUGCCAACAGUACAUAUGCAAAAUAUAUGAAACUUGGCAUUCUUUACUCGUAUACCUAAUUAAUAAUACCAAAGUGUAUGUUAUGUAUUCUAUUAACUAACAAGUAGGCUCUUUUAUAUAAGGUGUGAAACAUUGUAAAGGGGUUAUGCAUGUAGCAUUGAAUAAGAAUUAAUCUUUCCCAUUAGUCUGCACUAUUUUUGGUCACGCCUCCUUUUAUUCGUAAAUCAUCCGCACGUUAAUAGCCAGGAAAGCCUCACCAAGAAUGGUCCUGCCCGGGGAUGUUUGGUCAAUUUAAUGAGGGAGUGUUUGACAUGUGGAGCACUCAAGAAAACCCACUCAGGUUACGGGAAAACACUCCAAAGAUUCACAGAGAUUGAUUCAAUUCACCGAUUUCAUUAAUGUAAUCGCCUGUGGACUGAAACCAUUACUGUCUUGUUACUCCUGCUCACCUCACAGCCCCACACCUGUAACACCUGGUAUGCACUGAUAGUCACUAAUCCCAGCCAAGUACUAACCAGGCACAACCCUGCUCAACUACGCGUACUGAUACCUGUCCGGAUCCAAGUGCUUUUAGGGUGACUAAGCCCGUAGCCAUGUCUUCCUCUGGAGGGGACCGAGAUAAUCCUCCAGCCUAAAUGAAAGGGCUUCUUAGUUGUAUGCGUAUUUUCAAGUCACAUUUGAAAUUCAAUCAUCUGCUCUCGUGAAAAACUAUCCUCGGGCCUUUGAGCAUCCACUUCAUAGCAGCUGGCGCACUCCCAUAGUUUCGCACAGAAUCACCUGGGUAUUGGCGUGAGCUAUGGGAUGAAUGAACUGCAUGCCUACCAGGGACUAAUGUGGGGCUCAUUUCUCAUUACAGGUAAAGCCAUGGGCCACAUUCACAUCGUGGUAAAACAUCAAACAACUAACACCUGGACCUGCCCUAUGUUUGUGUUAAUGGGAGACACUGGAGGAUUGUUUUUUUUUAUUCUUACACAAAUUAAUAACUGCUGAUCAGUGAAUCUGGCUCUUAAGUCCAUCAACUGCUGGGACUUGGCUGCAGUGCCUCUAAUUGCUGACUGUCGUAUUUUGCAUUAGUUUAUCUAAGGCUGAAUCAAGCAAAAUGCUACAUGAGUUGUGAGCACAUCACCAUAGUUGACUGUACAGAUUUUCCAUGAAUAUUUUUAAAUCGGUGCUUAUUAACAUAUUGUAAGGUAGUCCUAGCAGCUACACUUUGGGUUUCUAAGAUAUUUGCUCGUAUUCACUUUUGUUUAUACAGUGAGGGAAAAAAGUAUUUGAUCCCCUGCUGAUUUUGUACGUUUGCCCACUGACAAAGAAAUGAUUAGUCUAUAAUUUUAAAGGUAGGUUUAUUUGAACAGUGAGAGACAGA